AUGUCGGUGGAUGUUAUACUGAUGGUCUACAUCUUUCCGGUCUUGUUUUUUAUCGGUGUGGUGGGGAAUGCGAUCAAUCUUUUGGUGCUGUUGGAUAAGUAAGUUGUCUUUGGGUUGAUUUGACAUGUUGUGGUCGACUCAAGUGUUGUAGUGGUUGCUUAAGACUCAUACCCUAAUAUGCAGCUUCCAAUACAAGCCUAAUAACCCUUAAUUGCAGGCGUAUGAGAUCAAAAACCAAUGCGCUGUUGUCAGUUAUGGCUUUGGCCGAUAUAUUUUUCUUGGUGUUUAUGAUGGUGCAUUCGCUUAUUUACCACCAGGAUCUAAUGCGAAACUAUGCGAAUUUGAGGCGCUUCUUUGUUUACGCCUCACCCCAUAUUUCCGGUAUCAUAAACAUGUUGUCAUUUAUUAGCGCAUGGUAAGUAUGGUUUUUCUUGGUACUGUCAGUAAUCACAAAAAUUUACUCAAAAUUUUAAAAAGUACCAUAAUAUUUUUAAAAUUUCUUGCAAAAUUUGGCUUAAAGUGUUGACAAAAUCAUUCAAAACUUUUUAAAAAUAGCUUAAUCAUGCAACUUUCAAACUUAUUGUAAUAAAAACUUUAGGACGAUCGUACUAGUAAGUGUUGAACGAAUGACAGCAGUAAUGUUUCCACUACGUGCACGUUCAUUUUGGACGUACAAAACCCUCAAAAUUCUUGUCACAAUUCUCAUAACCACAUCAUUCUUCAUCACAAUGCACUCACAUAUUACUUAUGAAGUCAAAAUCUACCAUAAAAACGAAACCUUCUACCCUACCAACAUCUCCUCCACUCAAGUUGAUCCCAACAACAACACAGUACGCCUUGAAAACAAUGACACAGUGCGUGUAGUUCAACGUAAAGUGCUACGAUCAAUGCUACGGCCCGAGAUGGAGUCGUACUGGCGUAUCUCUACGAUAGCUACAGCUGUGUUUAUAGUGUUUGUGCCGGUAGUUAUUGUAAUCGUCACAAAUUCGUUAGUUUUUUGUGCGCUUCGUGCUCAAAACAAUACGAUCUUAAACUACGGGUAUGAGAAGGUACGCUCGAAAAAGAGUGCUGAUUCUAUGCACAGUGUCAGCUCUGUAGAUCGACAUGGGUCAGUAUCCAGGAAGAACUCGAGAAACUGUCAGUACAAUGUGAAUACAACUACUACUACGGCUAAUAAUUUGAAUCAUAAUGGCUCUAUUGACAUUGAAAACAAUGUUGUGUCGAGCCGAAAAGCUACUAUGGAAAAUGGAACGGUAUACAAAGCUAAUAGUGUUCAUACUGUAGGUAAUGGGCAUAAAAAUUCAGAUGGUGCUGUAAAUAAUCCGCAAUGUGCUGCAAAUGGUACUGCCAACAACUUUCACAAUACCAAUGGGUUACCAAGUAACCUUGACAAUACCUCAAAUGGUGUAAACAAAGUUGAUGACAUUUUGAGGCACAAAGCUAGUACCGAGAGUAAGAUCAAUGGUAUAGCAACUUCAAACGCAGUUCACUACAAAAACGGAACAGUCCAUCCAAAGCAUGAUGACAUUAACUGCACAAUGUCCCUGCCCGAACGCCAUGUACAACAUCAACCUUCAGACGAACGGCACUAUGUCACAAUACACAACUCUCGUCAAAUCCCAGCCCACGAGUACCAGGCGGAACCAGAAACACAACGAACAGUACCAGAAACCCCGAAAGACAAGAAAGUGGAACACAAAUCCUCGACCGGCACCUCUCACACUCGGAAUCAACGUCGUGCCACAUUGAUUGUGUUCAUUAUAGCUAGUACUUUUACUAUCUCACAGACGCCGUCGGCUCUCGUGCAUAUUGUGGAGAUUUGUUGGCCUUAUAUUGGUAUCUAUCCUGCGUUUAAAUUGGCCGCAACUUUGUCUAAUUCGCUUGUGGCUGCUGGCAAGACUAUGAAUUUGUUCUUGUUUUGCAUGUGGAGUGCUCACUUUAGAAGGAAUCUGCAGGUAAGCAUACUUUUUGUAAGCAAAAUCUAAUUUUACAGCCAUUAAUAACAUCAAAAACUAUUUUUUUAAUCCGAAAAAGAAAAAUACCAUCUAAAACAUCAAAAUUUCAGCGUAUAUUAUCAAGCAAACUUCCGAAACUCUACGGAUUUCUUCAAAAGAUCACUCAAUUUUGCAAAAUCUGCGGUGAAUUGCCGGAAAAACCGCUGGAACGUUCGUCUUUCAAUCAAAAAGAGCAACAACAACGUGAUGGGAAAAGCCCUCGCUAUUCCGUGCCUAUAUUAGGACGGACAAAAUUGUUGUCUGGUCGAUUUAUGAACCAAGACGAAUGUCAGGUUAUGGUCAAGGACCGAGAGUUUGUUUAG